UGCAGAAUUGAUCUUGGUACAGUGUACCAUGAUUAGCUUGCCCUAUUUAAGUGGUUAAAUGCUACGCAAUCGAUUUCGUGUCGACGAGGAUGUCACGUCGUGACUUACGACACUCCUGGUAGCAACAUCGUUGAGUCAUCUCACGCAUAGACCCAUAAAUGCACGCGCAAUCACUCUCAUAAACUAGAUUUGCUUUACAGCGUUUACUGUGAUGCUAACUUGACACUGAUAGAGAAACAGCGAGAAGAGCAACUUGAUUGUUGAACCUUCGAUGACGAUUGACAGUUCAGGCAUUAGAUUUCCCGGCACCUUUGUUAUUGUCAUUGUAGUGGGUUUGAUUACAUUUCGGAUCCUGGUUUUCCUUCUGGCCAUGUUAAGGCGCAGCAAAAUUGACCCUACACACAGAGACUCCGAUACCAAUCGUCAACUGGACAACCCGAGCUUAUACGUGAAGCGGCCAACUUUGACCGUUCGAAUAACGGGAUACAGUGGCCCCGACGAAAUCAGAUCAAGCGAGUCGGUCGUUCCUGUGCUAGGUGAUAAUACUCUUCACCACAUUUUAAAGGAGAGACAAAAGCUUUCUACGGCUGAAAGCACCUUGUUUAGCAUUGCUCCUGUCAGUAUCCAGCAUACAAGACCAACAGUGCAUCAACAUAUUUGCACAACAGCUCAAGGUCAUGUAUUAACAGAUGUUCGUGCAGCUAGCGAUUACAGUUACAGCCCACACGCGGACAACUAUUCGAUAGGCAUGCUCGAGUCGCCAAUCUCAACCAAUUACAGCUUUGGUUCGGAUACAGAUAAUAGCUUCAUAUCUAUGGAUUGGGAUGAAGAUGAUUCGUGCAGUUACUGACUUGACAUCAGGACGUACCGUCUAAGGACUUAAACCGAACCCUCUACUCAGUUGCCUGCCGCAUAAUUAUAUAAGGGCAAAGUCUGAGAGAUUAACUAUAAAACGCCA